UGUUCUCCGUCGAUUGGUUAAAGUCGUCACUCUUUUUUACACGAGUGACAUCGUCAGCCAGUAACGUAGAAGAAACGCUUACUGCCAAGGGAUGUCAGACCAAUGGAUGAACUACGUUAUCUUGGAAACCACACCUCCAGUAUUGCGAAAGACACAUCCGUAGUAGUAAUGCGGAGUUCGAUUCUGGAUUUCAUUAUCUAUCACGUACCUAACUUAAAAGCUAGUGACAAGUAUAGCUCAGGUUCAAUCCAGCUGCGUUCGACUCCGAAAUAAAACCGGAACAUUUCUUCAACGUGGUCAUCAGUUUGUAGCCACAUUGCUAUAUUAUUGCCACUCUUGAUCAACCAUCCCACUUCGUUCGUCCAUCACGAUGCGUUUCACUAUUGGGGCAAUUGGCCUGUUUUGCCUCGUCGGACUUGUGCAACCCCAUCCAUUUAAAGAGGUGGUUGAUCCCGACACAAUCGUGAAUCCGGCUACGGCUAACGAAUUUCCUUACACGACUCUUUUGUACUUGAACGGUUCCCUGUGUGGCGGAUCUUUGAUUGGCUCCUCCCACGUUUUGACAGCUGCCCGUUGCUUAUACGACCAUACCCUGUCGGAAGUGAGCUCUUUCAACGUUACCAUGAACCAAUUGUCAAUAAGCGGCGAUGGAACUGGUGCUGUCACCAGAGGAGUGAAGAAUUUCAUCAUUCAUCCCAAUUACAAUCCCAACACCCAAGAUAACGAUGUCGCUUUGCUGGUUUUAAACGCACCCAUUCCAAAUGUCGCACUUGUCACUCUUCCAUCAGACACUCGAGCUUCAAAUGUAAGAGCACCAACCACUACGCAGACAUCAAUCAAACCAACAGUAAGGGCAACAACUAAACCAACAAUUAAACCAACAGUAAGGGCGACAAAUAAACCAACAACGAAACCAGCAGUAAGGGCGACAACUAAGCCAACCAUUAAACCAGCAGUAAGGGUGACAACUAAACCAACAGUAAGGGUGACAACUAAACCAACAGUAAGGGUGACAACUAAACCAACAAUGAAACCAACAACAAGGACAACGAGAAAACCAACAACAAGGACAACAAGAAAACCAACAAUGAGACCAACAACAAGAAAACCAACAACGAGACCGACAACAACGAGACCAACAACGAGACCAACAACAAGGACAACCACUAGGACUACUACGAAACCAACAACAAGGACAACGACGAAACCAACAACAAGGACGCCAACGAAACCAACAAGGACGUCAACUAAACUAACAACAAGAGAAACAAUGAAACCUUCCACUACUAAAAGGACGACACCGAAACCAACAACAACGACGACAUUGGUGAGCUCGACAACAACGACCCCGGAGAGUUCAACAGCAACAACGACGGCCUUGGAGAGUUCAACAACGACCCCUGAGAGUCCCACAACGACGGCCCCGGAGAGUUCAACAACGACGGCCCCGGAGAGUUCAACAACGACCCUGGAGAGCUCACCACCAACAACAACGACUAUAGCAAUUCCAAGUACAACCACGACCAAUCCGCUAUGCAGAGCCAACAAAGAAAUGGCCGACGAACUUACACCACUAAGCGAUUUUUACCAAACCAUCAAAGCUUUCAGUCCUUACGCCAAUAGUCCCGCUACUGCUACAGGAUGGGGAACAACAUCUUCCGGAGGCAACAUUUCCCAAGUGUUGCUGAAAGCUUUCGUCACCGUUCUAGACAAUAGCGUCUGCAGCAGCCAAUAUGGCGUUCGCUUUAUUGGGACUGACAUGUUGUGUGCUUCUGCUCCGGGUACAGUCUCUUGCCAGGGUGACAUUGGUGGCCCGCUCUUGGUUGGUGGAGUACAAGUAGGUAUCACCAGCUGGGGCAAUGGUUGUGCUGAUCCUAACUAUGCCGGUGUAUAUACCCGAGUCACUGCUUACGUUAGGUGGAUCAAGACUGCACAAGCGAGCAAUCCAUAAGAUGAAACAUCUAGGCAAUUUCGUUAGUCCUUUACGUGCGGAUAUCUUUUCGUUCAUUUCGUUUGUUUUACAUUUGAAUUGGCGGUGGAGUGUGAUGCCUAUCUGGUUUGAAUCUCGAACCCAAUUACGAUUGUUAGAAUUAGGCUCAUACUAUGUGUUGCUUGGGUCGCAAUUUUGUGUCUUAAAAAGACAUAAUAAAAUUAUUCUUUAGCAAGUGAUAA